UCGACUCGAGGGAAAGAGUAGGUACGCACAUCAACAAUAAGAUGUCAGAUAAUAGAGUCGAUUCCUGUUUCAGAUGAAUUCAACACUUCAGUGAGAAUGCAUUAUUUCAAAGAAUGAACCAGAGAAGGAAACAAAACGAGCUCGAGACAAUUCAUUUCUCCCGAAUCGAGGUCUUCGUUUGAGUCCUCAGCCAGAUGCAUAUAGCAGAAAUAUAUCGUUAUAACAAAAGAAUCAAUCUGCAUACAACAAUCUCUUCGAGGGCCGAAUUCUCACAAAGCUCCAAGCUGAUAUCGAACUCCAAAGCUUGACAAUCUCAACCCAGCACCCGAAAGCUCUACAAUGUGCAGGGCCCUUCAGUACGUCGCCUCAUGCUCCUAAGACAGCUCCACCGGCCUCUCUUGCGAUCGGCAGCUGCAGCAUGGCGACCCGCAACCAUCUCUCCAGCGUUCUACCACGACGGUGACGGUAACGGUGACGGUGACGGUCGUAGCAGUAACGACCAGCAGCAAGAAGACAGUAAUGAUCAGCAGCAUAGCGUGCCGUCGCAAGAAAAGGGGCCCUCGCUCUUCGAGAAACUACUCCCCGAAGAAGCAAAGGCAAAGUUAGCUUCCAAAGGCGAUCCAUCCUGGAUCAAAAAGCGCUGGCCACCCAACGUCGACGAAGAGCCUCCCCGUCUACCUUGGUCCUGGGAUAUACAAGAUCUACUACAAAAUGCAGCCGAAGAUGCGCCAAAUUUCUUCUCAAAUGCCACCCGCGCCAAAAGCAUGCUGAUCCUCUCGGCCGCGAGCAAGAACCUGCUUGAGAGCGAUUUCCUCCGUCUCGGUAUGAAGGGGAAGCACGUCGAGGGCUGGGUGGGCGGGAUUAUCAGAGUGAUCCAAGCCCGAGACCCAGACACCCUCGAGCCAAAAGGGCACUACUUCAUCCUCUUCGACUCGCACGAGGCCGCGUCCGCGUACAAGGACCGAGUAGAAUACCUCUGGGAGCUCGGCAAGGCGCACGUCCCCGGCGCGCACCACGCGCGGUCGCACAUGCAGCAGCAGCCGCUGCCGCGCGGGCUCUGGCGCACGGAGACAGGCGAGGACGUGGCGCACUUGAUCCGGACGUUCACGCUCGUGCCGCACAGCCAGCCCCUGUACCUCACGCAGUCCCGUCUGAACCCGGCGAAGAUCACAGACAUGUAUCUCGAGGGCGGGUUCAUAGACAAGCUAGCCGCGCGCGCCGGCUCGCCUCACCUCGUGCACGUGCGUCUCGACGGGGGCCGGCUAUCAGUCGACACGAUGCGCAGCGCCAUCGAAAUGGACGGCAAGCGGCGAUAUCUCGCGUGGCGGGUCACGGAUCUCGAAAAGGGCAUUCUCCCCUUCGGAAAAGCGAUUUUGAAAUCCAAGGACCGGGUGCGCGUAGAAGGGGACAACAACCCGGAUAAUAGGAGAUCGCCAUCAUCUAGCAGGGGCUCGAUGGAGGAAGGUUUAAGCAACGAGAUAAUAAGCGAGCAGGAAUACGCCGAGACGAACGGUACCGUCGAGGCCGCACGCGAAGUGGAAGAGAGCAACCAGAGGCACAAGCAGUACCCUCGGUUCAUUAUCCCUUUCACGGAUCAGCCGGAAGCUUAUCGCUUUGUGCAGAACUGGCAUCGUCGCGAGCUGAACCUGAGGUUUGGAGGUACCGGGAAGAGAAAUGACCCGUCAUGGCAGGAAACUAGGAUAGUUAAUGCUACGAUUCUCUGGUAAAUUCAAACAGAUCCGGAUAGUGACAGAGCUAAGCCCCCAAGUUUCGCAUCACCUGAUAUCAUUGUCAACUUCACCAUUUGCACCUUUUUUCUUCUUCCUUUUAGCAAUCUGUAGCAUACUACAUUUCAGAAGUAUACUACGUGAGGCACAUAUCCGCUCGUGGACUGAGAAAUAAAGUGUAUUAAGUCCCCAUAUCAACCAAACUCCGAUAGACGAUAGUUUGCCUCUUCCCCCGUUGUUCCGAGGCUAAGACAAGGGUGUUGUGCUGUGCUGCGUUUCUCAGAUGCUUCCGGGAAUCUCUAUGAUGAAAGCACCCUCUCUCUGAUCAAAUCCCCCAAAACGACGAAAUUUGCUCCCCCCCCUUUGAUUGAUGAUACAGACCGUCGACAUUUUGGGGGGCUGUUUCCUUCAUCUUCUUGCUCUCCGUAAUUCAUACCCUCGAUCUAUUGUUCGACGCUUAGGGAACACAUGAUAUUAACGCUAAGUUCCUCCCACAUUGUUUCGAAGCUAGACCAACGAGCUCAACAAAGCUGUGAGACCAGAGGGCCCCUAUGUAGUCUCGUUUCCUGUUUCCGCCUCUUUCCGAUCACCGUCUCUACCUCACUCAUCUGAAGGCUGCAUUGAUGGCGGUAGUAUACACUCCAAACUUAGCAACAUUUGCCGCCACCAG